GGAGAGAGAAGAAAAAGAGAGAGAAAGUGGAGUGUGAGCGAGAAAGAGAGGGAAAAAAACAGAGUCUUCUUGACCCGAAAGGUUAAAAGAAGAAAAAUUAGAACAGAAGAGAAGAGAAGAGGGUCCUUAAAUUAUCUCUUCUUCUUCUCGCCUUCCAACUCCCAGGGAAGGGAUUCGGCUGGUCCUCCUUUUUUCUUCCUCCAAUUCUCCCUUCCUAUUUAGUUUCCUCCUCCCCCCCUGUUUUUCCGGCUCUGUUUUCGUCGCUUCAAAUCUAUUUGGGUGUUCCUUCCUUCCUUCCUUCCUUCCGCCAAGACCAUACAACCCCUGCCUGCUUUUGCUCCAGAUUUCCUGUGUUUUGCUUCCUCCCGGCAGGGUUGCAUUUGAAUUCAACGCCAUCGAAACUGGCAAACAGCGGAAGUAGAGGGCGGAUAACCCCCCAGCUAAAGGCCUUUUCCCAGAUUUUGGGGAGAGGUGGCCGCUGCCGGCGGAGGAGGACUGACUGACUGACUGACUCCAUCGCAUCGCACGCACAUGGAAUUUGGCACAACCCUUCACCCACAAUUCACAGACAUUCCACCUUACAGCCUCUGAAAUUCUCAGUCCUCACAGAAGGAAGGGUGAGACACAGAUCGCGGAAGAUGGGUGCAGCUGAAGAUGAAGAGUCGAUGCAUUCAGCAAAAGAUGGAGAAGAGAAGAUUUUGGUCUCGGUUCGAGUCAGGCCCAUCAAUGACAAGGAAGCUUCAAGGCAUGAUGUGUCCGACUGGGAAUGCAUCAACGACACCACUGUCAUUUACAGAAACAAUCUCUCCCUCUCCGAGCGCUCAAUGUACCCUUCUGCUUAUACCUUUGACAAAGUGUUUGGUCCCGAUUGUCCAACAACUCAGGUCUAUAGAGAUGGAGCCAAAGCAGUUGCUCUCUCUGUCGUCGGCGGUAUAAAUUCGAGUGUGUUUGCUUAUGGACAAACGAGCAGUGGAAAGACAUACACAAUGCGGGGAAUCACCCAUUCUACUGUGGCUGAUAUAUAUGACUAUGUAGCCAGGCACAAGGAAAGAGAGUUUAUCAUGAAGUUCUCUGCCAUGGAGAUUUACAAUGAAUCUGUUAGGGACCUGCUUAGUGCGGAUACAACUCCGCUUCGACUUCUAGACGAUCCAGAGAGGGGGACUGUUGUCGAGAAGUUGAUUGAGGAGACCUUAGGGGACUGGAAUCAUUUUCAAGAACUCAUGUCCAUCUGUGAAGCUCAGAGACAAAUAGGGGAGACUUCCCUCAACGAGACCAGCUCUAGAUCUCAUCAGAUUUUGAGGCUGACAAUUGACAGUUCCGCGGUCGAGUUUUUAGGCAAAGACAAGUCAAGCGCCCUUUCAGCCACUGUGAAUUUUGUUGAUCUAGCAGGAAGUGAGCGUGCAUCUCAGGCAUUAUCCGCAGGCAUGAGGUUGAAGGAAGGUUGCCACAUAAACCGCAGUUUGCUCACAUUGGGGACUGUCAUCCGUAAAUUAAGCAAAGGAAGGAAUGGGCAUAUCCCUUUCAGAGAUUCAAAGCUGACGCGCAUAUUACAGUCCUCCCUGGGUGGCAAUGCCAGGACCGCCAUCAUCUGCACCAUGAGCCCUGCUCGAAGCCAUGUUGAGCAGUCUAGAAACACUCUCCUCUUCGCAAGCUGUGCUAAAGAGGUGUCUACUAAUGCUCGGGUCAACGUUGUCGUGUCUGAUAAAGCAUUGGUCAAGCAACUGCAGAAAGAGUUGGCAAGGCUGGAGAAUGAAUUGAGAAGUACAGGAGCAAAAUCCGUCUCGUCAAAUGUCACCGAGUUACUGAGAGAAAAAGACAUGCAGAUUGAGAGGCUGACGAAAGAAGUAGCAGACCUAAAUAGACAGCUAAACGUGGUUCAGACACGUGUCGAUGAUGCUCGAUCUGAAAGAGUCAGAGUCUCAUUUCCAUGGGAGGAGGCAGGUCAGCAAUACCCCAAAUUAAGAGUGCAGAAUUCCUGGAAAUCCGAGACCUCGAUAUCAUAUUCACCUAUCUCCGAGGAUCCUCGCAUGACGGAGACUCUUCGAUCUUUCGAACCAUCUCAGACCUCGGAGGACCAGUGCAGUAUCAUUUCCGACGAGUCCUUCAUCCAACUUGCGGAAUUUCAGGAGUUCCUUCAGUCGUACGCCUCACCAGAAGUAUCAUUUGCCAGUACAGACAAAUAUAUCAGAGAUGAAGGCUGCGACAAGGAAAUUGAGAAGCAGAAUCAUGAGAGUAUAGACACUGCAUCAUGCAAAGAAGUGAAAUGCAUCGAGGUCGACAACUCAGCGGGUGGCAGCAGUGUUUCCUCCUCGCAUGUGAAUGAGUCAGCAUCUAGCCCCAACAACAAUGGACAUUCAGACCCUGCUGUCUCAUCUUCUCUUCUUCCAGAGAUGGGUAUUUCGGAAUGCACAGAAUUUGACUCCAAUGAAGCUGAUAAAACGAAAGAAAUUGCAUUAUCACCAUUGAAGGAGGAAGAAGAAGAAGAAGAAGAAGAAACUUUGCCAGAGAAGGAAUUAGUUUCAUCUCCAGUGAAGGAGGAGAAAGUGGAUUACGCGGAGAAAGAAUCCGCUGAGGAGAUGAAAGAACUGGUUUCAUCUCCAUUGAAGGAGGAGAAAGAAGCUGAAGAGAAGAAAGAACCAGUAAUAGUAGUGCCCUCUCCAGUGAUCAGUGAGACAGAAGCUGAGGAUAAGGAAGAACUAAUUGAGGACAGAGAAACAGAGGAGAGGAAAGAGUCUGUGUCUUCUCCCCUGCAGGAGAAGGAAAACAAAGAAGUAGCUCCAGUUCUGGCCAAGGAGGAGCAGGGGAUGGUGAGUGAAUCGCCAUCCGACAUCAACCGAGCAGGUAGCGAGACACCAUCGCCAAGGGAUUUUAUAAUACCAUCACCGGAGAAAUCUCCCUGGCUGAUGGAAGAAGACCUGUACACCCCACGAAGCUUGAGGUUGAUUAGGAGCAAAAGCUGCAGAGCAGCACUAACGACCAAAUCAACCCCGCAUUGGUUCGAGAGGACAGAAAAGAAUGAAAGCAGCCCACCUCCGUAUAUGUUUGAUAAGUGUUUCACUCAGAGACGAGCAAGUGUUGCCGGUCCCAUUUUCCCGUUGAGGUACGAUCUUCAAAAUGAUGUACUAUCGACGAGUGGCUCUCAGGAGACUACUGCAAUUCCUGAUGACCAUCUGGGACACAACGGCAAAACUCCUAGUGAUUCGAGUAGCAGCAGCAGAGUCAGGAAUGCCGCAGCUGAAUCGAUAGAAACGCCUGAUGCUUCGGUCGAACAUACGAAGCCAAAUCCUGAAAAGAGAGAUGUGGGGUUGGAUCCGAUACAAGAUGAUGGAGCAAGUUCUCCAUCAUGGCCAGCAGAAUUCAAGAGGCUCCAACGAGAGAUCAUUCAACUUUGGCAUUCUUGCAACAUUUCGCUGGUGCACCGGACCUACUUCUUCCUGCUAUUCAAAGGUGACCCUGCAGAUUCUUUCUACAUGGAGGUGGAGCUCAGAAGACUGUCCUUUCUGAAGGACACAUAUUCCCAGGCAAACCCAUCAAUGGUCCAUCCAGAAGCCAUGACACACAGUUCCAGCAAAAGAGCUCUGGAGGAAGAGAAACAUAUGCUCUGCAAGCAAAUGCAGAGGAACCUGUCCAAGGAAGAAAGGGAGAACCUGUUUUUGAGAUGGGGCAUUAAGUUGAGCUCACAGAACAGAAGACUGCAUCUGGUAAACCGACUGUGGACGAAGCCGGGAGACAUGGAUCACUUAAUGGAGAGUGCCAAUGUGGUGGCCAAGCUGGUUGGUUUCGAUGAAGGGAAAGAGCUUGCUAUGAAGGGCAUGUUUGGACUCCUCAAUUUCACUCCCAAAUACAGCAGGCGGAAAACUUCUCUGUGGAAACGCAGCGUGCUUUCCAUCUUGUGAGAGGGUUUGGGGGGUAUUCGGCUAAUCUAAAGAACACGCGAACGUUGAUUAUUCUUUUUGGAUCUGUGCUAUAUUUCUUUUGCGACAGGAGUUGCUGAUGAUUGUGUAAUAGCAGAGUAGGAUUUGACCAAGAGAAAGUGUGCUUGUAAAUCUGAUAGGGGAAGGCUGUAAGGAUGCGAGAUGAUUGAAGGCUGUAAAGUUGGCUUUGUAAUGCUUAAUAAGAUAUGUUUAAUGAGACUGGAUGUUUUCCAAUCGCUUUUCUAUAAUUAGACGUUGAAGUGAAGAGAACUUUUGCCGUUGUUUGCAUGAAGG